CCAGAUGGAGUGACCACAUCCUGGCUAGAAAUGAAGCCAGAGGCAGUGGUGGCGGCGGUACACACGGCUGCCUAGCUGGCCUGAGGAGGCCAUGAGAGCCCUAGGAGCAGCUUGAGGAAGUGACCAGCCAGAGUAAGGGGCCGGAGCAGAGGACCUUGCGAGCAGACGGGAAUCUGGGGACACGGGAAACGUGGCUUUGUCCUGCAGCCGACAGGAAAGGCCAGGCUAUCCCCAGGGGCCAGAGGAAAAGCUAGCAGCCGUGGGGACAGAGAGGCCUCUGUGAGGGGAAGCGCCCAGCUGGCUGGAGCCCACAAUCCUCUUGGGGCCCGCCUGGCGCAAGAGAAAGGAGCCCCAGGGUUGCGCCGGGGGACCCUCAGCGAAGAGCGCCCGGGGAGCUAGAGGGGGAAGGUGGGUGUCAGGAGGGCUGUGCUCCCCAUCCAUAUCCCAGGAGGCCACCUGGGGACAGGUUUUCUGCAGGGCGCCUGGCCCCGCCCUUGGGAGGUGGGUUGGGCGGCCAAACCCCACAAGGGCGGAACCGCGGCGGGAGGGCUGGUGUGGUGGGGGUUGGGAAGUAUAAGGGGGCCGCUCAGGGGUCCCUCCCCCACCCGCGAGGUCGGGAGGGAGGCAGAGUUGGGGGACCCAGCCCUCUACUGGCCGGGGGCCUCCGCGCGAGGCUCCGACCCCUCCGCUCGAAAAUCAAACCGGGCUGCCGGCCUCUCAGCCAAUCGGAGAGGAGAUGGGUCAGCCUCGGCCAAUGGCCGCCGCGAAUGCUAAUGAGCGCUGACAACGCGAGGAAGCCCAUUCAAAAAGUCGCAGCUAUUGUCGCGACGGGUUGCGUGCCGCCGGGCCCGCCGUCGGGGCGCGCGGGGACGGACUCUGGGCCACGCGGGGACCAGCCCGGGGCAGGCCGAGGACCGAGGCGUGCCGGCGGGCGCCCAUGGCCGGAGCCGCAAUGGCCGAGCCCGGCCGCGGGCCGCCUUCCGCGCCCGCGCCCGGCACGGAGGGUCUGCCGCGCGCCUUCUUGCAGAGCCUGCGCACCCUCUUCGACAUCCUGGACGACCGGCGGCGCGGCAUCGUGCACCUGCGCGAGAUCGAGUCCCGCUGGCAGGGCGCCGACGCUCGCGAGCUGCCCCGCGGCGUGCUCGAGGGCCUGCGCCAGGUGGCCCCGGCCAGCGGCUACCUGACCUUCGAGCGCUUCGUGGCCGGCCUGCGCACCUCACUGCUGAGCGCCGACGGCGGCACGCGGGCCCCGGCGCGCGCCCCGGCCCGAGGAGGCUGCCCGGCGCGGCCCGGGGGGCAGCCGCCGCCGCCGCAGCGCCUGGUGUUCGCGCCGGCCGACGAGCCGCGGACGGUCCUGGAGAGGAAGCCCCUGCCCCUGGGCGCGCGCCCCCCGCCGGCCGGUCCGGGUGGCGCGGCCCGGAGCCUAGAGAAGCUGUGCAGCCCGGCGGAGGCGGCGCCCGGCCCGGAGGAGCCCGAACGGCCCCAGGGCGCGGCGCUGGAGCGGAGCCCGAACACGGACGCUGAUGCAGUGGCCUGCAGGGCCCGGGAGCUGGGCGUGGGGGACGCCCGGUGGGGCCCCCGUGCCCGAGGGGAACGUCGGAGACACACCAUCACCAACGGUGUGGACUGCGACCUGCUGAAGCAGAUGAAGGAGCUGGAACAGGAGCAGGAGGUGCUACUGCAGGGCCUGGAGAUGAUGGCACGGGGCCGGGAGUGGUACCAGCAGCAGCUGCAGCGCGUGCAGGAGCGCCAGCGCCGCCUGGGCCAAAGCAGGGCCAGUGCCGGCUUCGGGGCUGAGGGGAGCCCCCGCCUGCUGGGGCAGCUGCUACCCAAGGUGCAGGAGGUGGCCCGAUGCCUGGGGGAGCUGCUGGCUGCGGCCUGUGCCGGAAGGGCUCUGCCCUCGUCCUCCUCAGGGCCCCUGGGCCCCGCCCUGGCGCCCGCCUCGCCCGCGGUCCCCAGCUGGCAGCAGCAGACCGUCCUCAUGCUGAAGGAGCAGAACCGGCUCCUCACCCAGGUGAGCUGGGGGCGGGGUGCGUGGCCCGGGGCCGGAGGCCGGGCAGGCCCUGACUGCCCUCCUGCCCGCCCAGGAGGUGACCGACAAGAGCGAGCGUAUCACACAGCUGGAGCAGGAGAAGUCCGCCCUCAUCAAGCAGCUGUUUGAGGCCCGUGCCCUCAGCCAGCAGGACGCUGGGCCCCUGGACUCCACCUUCAUCUAGCCGGCCCCAGGCAUGGACGAGGGGCCUCGCGGCCUGGCACUCAGCCCUGAGGCUGAAGGCGCCCUGGCCAGCCCGAGCACCGCCCUCCUUCCUCCCUUCCAGUCCGGGCUUCCCUAACCCCAGGAUGUCCUGAGACCCCAGACAUUGACUCCAUCUUGGUCUUGGGGGCCUGACCUGGGGUGGGACUCCAUCAUGCCAACACACAGCCCGAAGCUGCUCCUGCCACUGUCAGUGGACAGUGGGGGACACCCCCUCGUGUUCACCAGAUCUGGGCAGCCCUGGCAGCUGGUGUGUCUCCCCUCCCACCUGGGGUCUCCAGUGGAAGGCACUGAUCACACUAGGCUGCGUUCCCAAGAGUGGCCAGCAGAGGGCGCCACAUGCGCUGGUGACUGCGGCCUUGGAGGCCCCGCUGUGGUGUCUCAGAUGGGGCCCGGAGUAGGGGAACCUGGGGCGGGCUGGGACACCUGCAGGUUCAGUGGGUGAUUGGCCCCGGGGGUCCAAAGCGUCUUGCCCCGCUCAAGACUAGGCGGCUGUCCCUCAGUCAGGAGCAGAUGGAGGGUGUCCUCUAAGAAGGGGGUUCUGCUUGUGUCCAGUUCCAGGGGAGCCCCGAGGGCAUGGUGUUGGGGAUUCACUGGAUUCAUGCCUGGGCCAAAGCUGGCCUGCUUGGUCCUCCCCACGGACCUUAGAUGCUAAACAAACGGGCAGACCCAGGCCCCAAGCAGGGUUCAGCCUCCACAUCCCCGGCCCCCAGCCCUGCCGGCCCGGGCUCUCCCGUUUCUGGGCUUUGCAAGUGCUCUUCCGUCCCUGGGAACACCCACUUCCUGCUUCACCUGACUGGCUCCUGCCCAGCCCUGCACCUUGGAUAUAGAGGGAACGAACCGGCAGAGGCUGAAACGGCAAAGGGGGUAGCCUUUGCCCUGAGGGUAUCUGCUUUCCCCCUGAGGUCUUCGCGGAACUUGGAAGGCAGGACCAGAAGCCAGUGUCUGCCCCAGGGGUACUGCCCACAGAAGGCGGACCCUUCAGCCGCAGGGUGAGUGUGGAAGAAACCCGCGACUCAGGGAGAGGCCUCGUGGCGCUGGCUUUCCACGCAGGGUGGAAAAUGCAUCCUAUUCAUUUGCAGUCUGAAAUCAGGCUGCCUGUGCGGCCCUAGAGACCCCAAGGGGAGAAUUGUGAGUGGCCCCAGGUUGGCGGGGCCCAGGCGGCUGGUGGAAGCAAACGUCCUCGCUAGAGCAGCGAGUGUUUCUUAGCCACGCACGGGGGAUGUCUGGGGCCGCGUUAAGUCUUGGGGGAGCUGUCUGUGCCCCAUAGGAUGUUUAGCACCACCCCUGGCCUCUAUCCACUAGAUGCCAGCAACACACACACACACUCAGUUGUGAUGACCAAAAUGUCUGGACAUUGCCAGUGCCAGGGGGCAAAGUUGCCCUUAGCUGAGCAUCUCUGCUCUAGAGCAAUGCAACUCCACCAGGCCUCAAGGAUUUCCUACAGACCAAGUUCCAAGGAAAAUGAGCAUCUCCAGCUUAAAAAAAUUUUCACAAACCCCACAAGGAAAGAAUCUACCAUGAGAGCCAGCAGAAACAGCAGAUUCAGAUAUUCAAUAAUCAGAGAACAUAAAAUGGCUGUGUUUUGUACGCCUGAAGAAAUAAAAGAGACCCCAGAAAAUACGGACAAGGAAUAGUCUUUAUAGUUUCUUAUUCUGUUAAAAAAAAAGUGUAAUCUUUUCUUCUAUAAAGGUGACCGAUAACAUGAAAAAGAGUCUAAUAGAACCA